AUGGCGACUCCGGCCAAAGUUACUAAAGCGGAGGGAAAAAAUAACCAUGAAAAUGCCGAUGAACAGGCUGAUAAAGAACAGCAGGAGGCAAUAGAGCAGAUAGAUGAAGUCCAAAAUGAAAUAGACCGGCUAAAUGAACAAGCUAGCGAAGAAAUUCUGAAAGUAGAACAGAAAUAUAAUAAACUACGUCAGCCAUAUUUUCAGAAACGAUCAGAACUAAUUGCUAAGAUUCCAAAUUUUUGGGUGACAGCUUUUGUCAAUCACCCACAAGUUUCUGCUCUUUUGAAUGAAGAAGAUGAAGAAGCCUUACAGUAUCUCACAAAGGUGGAGGUUCAAGAGUUUGAAGAUAUAAAGUCUGGCUACCGGAUAAACUUUUGUUUUGACAGCAAUAAUCCUUACUUUGAAAAUGAUGUAAUUUCCAAAGAAUUUCACCUCAAUGAUACGGGAGAGCCUUCAUCCAAAUCAACACCAAUCAAAUGGAAGCCAGGAAAAGACCUGACGAAAAAGUCCAGUCAACCAGGCAAAGGAGGCCGCAAGAGAAAUCAUGAGGAACAAGAAUCCUUCUUCUGUUGGUUCACUGACCAUGGUGAUGCUGGAGCUGAUGAAUUAGGGGAGGUGAUCAAGGAUGAUAUUUGGCCAAACCCUCUCCAAUAUUAUUUGGAUGUGGAUGACGACUUCAAUGAGGCAUCUGAAGUUGAAGAGGAAGAAGGUGGUGCUGGUGAAGAUGAAGAACUUGAUGAAGAGGGUCUUGAAGAUGAGGAAGGUGAAGAAGCUGAAGAUUUUGAUGAAGAAGAUGUCGGUGAGGAAGGUGAAGAAGCCUCUGUCUGUUGUAGUUUACAAGACAAAAGUAAUGUCUUAUCAUCUGUCAAAACAAUUUUUCCCCUAUUUUCUCUCUCUCUCUCUCUCUCUCUCUCUUUCUACCCCCACCCUUCUUGA